CGCUCAGAGUCGAAGAUAAGCUAGAUACAGAGUCCACAGUCCACACACCAUAGCUAGGCACAGAGAAACAACACCAUGCGCGCCCCGGCGAGCCUCCUGCACGGCGCCGCCCUCGCGAACACUGUCACGGGCGAGCCGUCGUCGUCACCGGUGAGCAUGAAGGCCCCUGAGCAGCAGCAGACGGCGCCUGUGAUGGCGGUGAACUCGGACAUGGUGCUCAUCCUAGCAUCGUUGCUAUGUGCGCUCGUCUGUGUCCUUGGACUCGCCCUCGUCUCCCGGUGCACAUGCCGCCGCCGCCGCUCGGCCUCAUACUCCGAUCACGCCCCUCCUCCCCCAAAGGGCCUCAAGAAGAAGGCCAUCCACGCGCUCCCCACCAUCCCCUUCGCCGCCAACGGGGCUUCUCCGACGCCGGCGACAUGCUCGUCGUCAGAGUGUGCGAUCUGCCUGGCGGAGUUCACGGAGGGGGAGGCCCUGCGCGUGCUCCCACGGUGCGGCCACGGUUUCCAUGUCGCAUGCGUCGACGCCUGGCUCCGGACCUGUGCCACAUGCCCCUCCUGUCGUGCCCCCAUCGUUGCCAUGCCCGCGCAGCCGCCAGCGACGACCACGGUGGUGGUCGUGGUGGCGGCAAACAACAGGUGCGGGAGGUGCGGCGAGUUAGCGGCGCCGACCGGUGGUGGCGCUGACACGUUUUUACCUUAGUUUGUAAUUAAUCAGGUUUGUAGUGUUGUUCUUGUGCCCUGUUUUCCUCUCCCUCUCUGCUUUUUAGCUAGAUCGCGUUGUACAUUCAAUUUGUGUUCAUUGGUUCAUUUUGUACAGUAAAACUUAUGUGUUACUUAAGAUUUGUCAUUUAAUUCGGCUUUAUUGCUGGCUUGGUGCAUUCGACCCAGCAAAACAUAAAUUGUAUGCUCUGCUAGUAAUUGUGUAUUUCUCUACCUUUUGCGA